AUGAUUGGUAAUUUAGGUGAAUUGCUCAGGUUUAACAGUGCACUGCAACCAGUUGGAGAUGAAGCAGGUCUAUUGAGCGGCGUUAUGAAACUGUUAGGAUCUGACUAUACCAAAUUUUUAAUCUGCGAGAGGAACUGGAGAAAAGUUCGCACCAAGGACAAGGUCUAUAAUGAAAUAGUAAAGGAAAUGUUUCAUUUUGAAGAAGAUAGUAGAGGAAUUAUAAAGCGUAUAAUAUUCAAAAUGCUAGGAAGAGCUUGGAAGGAAACAAAGAACAGAUUAUACCAUCGCUUCUAUGACGAAGAACUUUCACUUGAAGAAAAUAUUGAAAAUCGCCCAGAUAGAAUUACUGAAGACCAUUGGAGAUGGUUUCUCAAUUAUCACCAUAGCGACGAGACACAGGCGAUUUGUAAGAAAAAUGCUGAGAAUCGAUCAAAGCAGCUUUACACCCACACCGGCGGAUCGAAAAACUUGGCUAGGUGCGGAGAAGAAGAGUCGGAACGACAAGGGAGGAGAGUUGGUAGAGGAGAAUUGUAUCUCUUAACGCACAAAAGAUCUAAUGGGACCUAUAUCCAUGAUGCAGCUCGCGCUAUUGGAGAAAGAAUUGAGGCUAUUGAGCAACGUGAUGAAUCCUCUAGACUGUUGUCUCAGAAUGAUUCGCUUGCUCAAGCUCUCGGAAAGGAGCACUCGAGUAAGAUGCGUGGCAUGGGGUUGGGGCCGACUUCUAGUCAAGUUUUCGGUAUGAAUUCCCAUCAGCCGAUCAAUGAUUUUGAAAGGGAGAAAACUCAAAGGGUGCUACUUGAACUACAAGCAGAGUUAGGAGCAAAGAAAUUGAAAAGGAAGGUAGUGGAGGAUGAAGUAGCAGCCGAGAAGACCAAAAGACAGGCAGUGAAGGUGGAGGAUAAAGUAGCAGCUAGGAAGGUCAGGAUGCAAGCAAUGGAAAGUGCUUUGAUAUGUCUACUUCAAGGGCAAGGUAGGAAGCUGCCAUCAGACGUCGCUGCAUGGAUGAGUGUAAUGGAGGGACAGAAUAGAAAGUAG